AUGUCCGGCCGCCGCGCCCCCCGCCCCAAACGCGCCGCCGAGUCCUUCGCCCGCGGCCACCGUCCAGCUCCCGGUACCUACAACGACGACGAUUCACAGCCCUCGCUCAAAAAACCCCGCUUCGACUACCGCAACCCCUCGACCCUCGCGCCCGACGCCCCAGAGGAGGACACUAUUCUCGAGCUUGACGAGAUCGGCAAAGGCGGGCAGGGCACCAAGCGCAACGCCGUGAACCUCGAUGGGUACGAGUCCGACUCCUCAACGGAAAAUUUCGACACGCGGGCGGCGGAGAAGGCCGAGUUAGCGAAGCAGCAGGGGCGGGGUGGACAGCAUGGCAGUAAGGACGAGGAGGUUAAUGACAUGUUUGCUGAUCUGGAGGAGGAUCUCGCGGGGCCGGAUGGGGACGAGGAUGAGGAUCUAAACAGGGAGGGCAAGGGCGGGAAGAAGAAGGUCAAGUUCCUCGAGACGGAGCAGAUUGAGGGACAAGUCGCGAGCUCGAAGUCCGGGGGGCAUGUGUCUGCGGAUUUUGGGCUUAGGGGAAAAGGGCGGGCGAGGGAUCAGGAGCAGGAGAGCAGUAGUGAGAGCGGGGGCGAUGAGGAGAGGGAUCGGGUGGGGAGUGAUGUGGAUGAGGAGCUGGGCGCUGGGGCGAAGAAGAAGCAUGCGCCGAAGCUAGAUGCGUUCAAUAUGAAGCAGGAGGGCGAGGAGGGCAGGUUUGAUGAGAGCGGGAACUACGUCAGGAAGGCGGCGGAUCCGGACGCGGUACACGAUUCUUGGCUCGAGGGGUUGUCGAAGAAGGACAUGAAGAAGGCGAGGGAGGCGCAGGAGAAGAGGGAUGAAGAUAGGAGGAAGAGAGCAAUAGCGGAUGAUUCUGUGCCUACGAGCGAGAUUCUUACCACACUGAUAUUACGGCUAGACAAGGGUGAGACUGUGCUAGAGGCGCUCGCGAGGUUAGGGAAGGGCAAGGAGAAGAAGAGACCCAAAUGGCAGAAAAACAAGCGGAAAAACGGAGAUGCGAUGGAUGUCGACAUGAAUGGAUCUGCGGAUGACCUGGCGGAAGUGAAGCGGAAAGAAGCCGUCGAGGCAAUUACAGGCGCCGCGGAUCAGCUUCUAACGCGCGGUCAGCCGGAAAUAUACGAACACGAGCGAGAGAUGCUCAUCCGGCAGUACAGGAGAGAAACAGGCGAAGACUGGGUGGAGCCGCUGCACGCAGACGAAGAGAGCGGAUCAACAGAAGCCCAGCAGUGGGAGUAUCGAUGGUCUGACGCCCGUGACGGAGGCGAAACACAUGGCCCGUAUGAUGGGCAGACCAUGGUGGCUUGGGAGGGCGCAGGCUAUUUCGGCGAAGGGGUGGAAUUCAGGCGGAUAGGAGACGGGGAGUGGAGCCGCUCCGUCGACUUUGUUUGA